AUGAGUAACAUUAUUGAAUUGGUACUUCGAACAAAUAUUUAUACACAACCUAUACAAUUCUUACUUGCUAUUAUUACAAAUACAUUUAAUAUACGUAUAUUAUGUUCUCGUACUCUUCAUUUAUCAGCAUGUACACAUUAUUUUCUAGCUUAUGCUAUUUUAAGUAUUAUUUACGCAUGUUUAUUAUGUCCAAUACAAUUUGCUCGAGGUUUUUCUAUUGAUUUAAUUCAUGGAAAAAUUUCUUGUAAAAUACAUGCGUAUUUAUUAUUUGUAAUACCACUUCAAGCUAAUAUUAUGAUUAUUUUAGCUUCAUUUGAUCGUUAUUGUUCUAGUUCACAAAUAUGUCGACUUCAAUCAACAAGUUCUAUACGAAUAGCAAGAAAAUAUAUUCUAUCUAGUAUUCUAUUUUGUCUUAUUUACAUGUUACCAAUGUUAUUUAUCUACAAUUGGGAUAAAAACUUGAGAAAAUGUUUAUUAAACUCUAACACAAUUAUAAGUAUUUAUAUAUGUAGUCAAGUUAUUAUUUAUUAUAUUUUAUCACCGAUAUUAAUGAUUUCUUUUGGUAUAUUAACAAUUUAUAAUAUACAUCAACAAUCAACUCGAAUAAAACCUUUAAUUACAUCGACACAACGACGUCGUACAGAAGGUCAAUUAGCUCGGAUGUUGGUUCUUCAAGUUAUUGUUCAUAUUAUUCUUGUACUUCCAUUUGGAAUUCUUUAUAGUAUAAAUUCAUUUAUACCAUCAACUCAAACACCUAAUAUAAUAGCAAUACGUUUGAUUUUUGUAACAUGGCAACAAUGCGAUUAUUUUGUUUCGUUUUUUCUUUAUAUUCUUUCGGCAAAUAUCUAUCGAGAACAAUUUAUUAUAAUCAUCAAAUCUAUUAACUGCGUAAAAGAACAAACACAAUAUUUUUUACAGAGUGAGAAAAUUUCGUCUGAUCAUCUACAUAUGGUUAAGAUUGAUAGACUAUUUUUAAAUAAAAAAAAUCAUUCAUUGAUGUAA